AUGGACUUCAUUGAAGGACUGCCCAACUCAAAUACGAGGAACUCCAUUCUUGUCGUGGUUGAUCAUCUUACUAAGUAUGGCCAUUUUUUGGCAUUGAUGCACCCGUGUACGGCUAAAGAUGUGGCUUUUAAGUAUCUUAAUCAGGUUUACAAACUUUACGACAUGCCAGAUUCUAUUAUAUCGGAUUGGGAUCAGAUAUUUGCUAUUCAGCUUACACCAUACGAGGCCUUGUAUGGUCAGCCUCCACCCAUACACAUGCCUUAUUUGGCGGGGGUUUCACCUGCAGCAGUUGUGGACCGCAGUUUACAAAGUCGGGAGGCUACUAGGAAGUUACUUAUGUUUUGUCUUAAGAGAGCUCAAGGCCGUAUGAAACAUUUUACAGACAAACAUCGUUCGGAGAGAAGUUUUCAAGAGGUGAUCCGGAAAGUAGGGGCAGUAGCUUAUACUUUGCAGUUUCCACCACACUCUCAUAUCCAUCCUACAUUCCAUGUGUCACAAUUAAAGAAACAUGUAAAAAAUCAUUUGCCUGUGGUAGAUGCUCAUGGUGCCUCACCAAAAGAGCCAAUUCGCAUUAUCGACAGAAGGAUGGUUAAGAAAGGUAGUCAGGCUGUCACUGAAGUGUUGGUCAAAUGGGCUAACUCGUUUCCAGAGGAUGCGACGUGGGAACCUUUGACUGCAUUUCAAACCAAAUUUCCUCAUUUUCAGCCUUGA